AUGCAGUCCCAGUACUGUCGUAUCCGCGGAGAGGCUUUCUGCCACUGCGAUCCGCGCCCGAUGCCAGUCCAACAGCAUCAGUCGCAUGGUGGACAGCCCCAUCGUGACCAUGUGGUGAUGCAUCAUCGCCGUUUCCACCAAGAACAAGAGAAAGAGCUGGAGCUGGAGCUGGAGCAGCAGAAGAAACAGGAACAAAAGUGCCACAAAGAAACAGACACUUCUGUUGUUCACCCGCGUGCUGUUCACCGCGCUGUUGGUCACACAUCAGUUUUGCCACGCCACGGCGAUUCUGCUGCCCUUCCGCCAGCCCACGUCUCUGGCGACGAGAUGGUCCAUUCUCUGUCCUGUUCCCAUUCUACGCAGCCAGUGUCGUCGUCGAGGUCGUUCUCGUGUGCUGCACGGCCGGCUGGUCUGCCCGCACCACCGGCCCCUUGCCGUCCUGUCUAUACACUGCAGCCGCCGCCGCAGCAUCACCAGGUGACUCGCACCCGCCCAACGCAGACGAGCUGCCCAUCCGUUGCGUCACGUCUCUCGCCGCCUCGCCAGGGUGACCACCAUACGAUGUCGCCGUCCUCUGCCAUGCCUCCGUCCGCCCAUCACGGACACCACUGCCUUUGUCUGCUGCCGCUGGUGGACAGCGAAGACGACAACAACUCCCAGGCCACCGGAGCCACCACGUACGGCACGCUGGCCAACAGCAGCCGCUUUGCGCAGUGGCUCGACGAGAGCGUCCAUGUCCGGGGCCGUGUUGGGCGCCACGACAUGGCCCACUUGGAAGAGCACAGUCCGAACAGGACGAUUUCUCUUCCUCCAUCGCCUUCGUCCGGUCGGUCGAUGGAGCUGUCUUCCACUCCUGAUCGAUCCAUGUUGAUCCAUGUUGAUCCAUCCUCCCGCAAGUCCUUUGACAAUACGUUUGAGGCAACACAAAUUGGGCCUCAACAGCUAACAAAGGAACCGGAUGUCUCAGACACCCAGCAGGCCCGCAUGAACAACAUGAACGCCGGCUUGGACGUCAACAUGGACGUGCAGUAUGUACAGGCCGUUCACCAAUCCGUCCAGCAGCAGCAGCCGCACUUUCACGAGACCGCCUCAACGAACACCAGCUUCUUUGGCGGUGACGAGGGGAACUCCAUGUAUCUACAAGAAAUGCAGGAUGGCGGCGCAUACGAGGUCGGCGUUGAAACGCUGCCUGUGCCAUGGAAUGGCUUUGGGAUGGAACUAUACAACCAAUUCCACACGCCACCUUUCAUGGCUGCUGGCCUCUCUUCGUCUGGCUCGGGCAUCUCCAUGAUGCGCACAGCAAGUGCAGCUUCGGCUGCUUCAUACAUGUCUGGCCUCUCCGGCGCCGUCCAUCCUAUGCAUCCAUUCCCUGUCAACAACGCCCUCUCUCUGGCCACCACUGGCUACAUGGCGCAGUCUGAACCCGUUCAUUCUGCCAGCCAGCAGCACAAUAUCACCAAUGCCCCAGCUCGCAGUGAUCCUUGCCACACGUCUGUCAACCACGCCGUCGACAAGCAAACCGCCCGGCAGGGCCCCAGCAUGGCUCGCCGCGCCUCUCAUCAUCAGCUGUCCACGGUGCCCAUGCAGCCGUCCCCCAUCCUUCACUCUGCGUACCCGAUGGAGCACCAAGGAAGCCAAGAGUGGCAAGGCAUGCGCAGCCAGCCCAUGGCUUCUUGUCUUUCCGCCCAGUCGUCUGUGCAUCACGAAUACAAUCACGAUCACGACCACGAGCUGCACCCGUCGCUGUACGCACCUCUCAGUCUUCCUCGCGCUUUGUUGCCUGACCCGCUCCAUCUGGAGAGCGCCGAGCCCUUGCCCUAUCAGACCCACAAACGGUCGCAUCCUGGAGAUAACACCGAGGACACAGCUCCUGCCGAGCCGGUAAUCAAGAGGCCGAAGAUGGCCGCUGGGUCUGUGAACACUGCCUCCGAGGACAGGGACACAGCCUCCCGCUUGGCAGAUGUCUCCGUGGAGCCCGACGUCGACGCCGACCACUUCGACAUUAGCGAGUAUCUCCAGUUUCCACCGGCCAGGUCGUCCACGCCGCCGGCCGAGCAAGCCACUGAGCAGGGCAGCGCCGCAGAGAAUCUGCCUCUGAGCCACACCGAGGACAGCACGCUGGGCCUCACCACCACGGCAAGUGUUGACAGCGUAUCCAACGCCGCCGGCCGGAACCUCACAGUCUCGACUCCCAUUCACGAGCACGUCGAGGUGCUAGCCCCAGCGAGCACUACGGUAUCCCCCAAAGACCUCCACGUCCAUGCUGACUCGCCUGAUCUUAACAUGGAACCGGCCAUCGAUAGCCAGCAGUUUGAGCAUGCUCACGGUGUCCACGGCCCCCUUGAGCCCCAUGUCCCUCUCCAGAACAUCGAGUUCAUCCAAGCGGCCCAAGCGAAUCUACCUCAACAUCUUUAUCCCCAUCUUCAACCGCAUCUGGACCAAUUUGGUCCACUGGGCCGUGCCGUCCACGUACCCACUGCCGACCCGUUCUUCUACCCAGGACUUGGUCCCAUGAUGCCCGUUCAUCAAGCCCACAAUGCCAACACACACGAUCAGGCCCACGCUCAGAGUCAAUUCCACUAUCCCAACCCCCCUCUCCCACCGCAUCUGCAUCCGAGUUCGUUUGCAGGCAGCCACAAUGGCAUCAUGCACGACUACAGCAACGACCACGGCAAUGCGCCCAAUGUCGCCGGCAACAGCCUUGCAUUCACUGCUGGCCAGCAUCUGCCCAUGAUGUCCACAGAAACAAACGGCUCGACCACGUCAGCCAGGGCCACCGCGUACCCGAGUUCAACUGCAAAUACGGUUACCGGAGAAACUGCCAUGACGCCUCCUGAGAACAACCCUGCUCCGCUUUGCCGCAACGGCCGCAAUCGUGGCGGCGGCCACCGGAACAGGAGUGGACCGCCGCAGAAAACCAGCAGUCGCGACGCCAGCCGCCAGGGCGAUCCCCGCCGGCAGCAGGAAGACCAAUACAUGAUGCAAAAGCAUCGCGAGGCGGGCUGGACCUUUUCCAAGAUCCAAAAGAGCGGCGAGUUUAGUAUCAACGAGUCCACCCUCCGCGGUCGCUACCGCACCAUGACCAAGCCUCCCGAGAUGCGCGUGCGCAAGCCGAAAUGGGACGCACUGGCGGACGCACUGGUCUUGCAGUUCGCUGGCGAACAGGCCGACGCUCAGAACCGGCCCAUCGAGGACGCCAAAAUCAAGUGGAAGGUUGUUCAGGCCCAGAUGGUCGAACGAGGGACAUACAGCUACGGCUAUUGUACUUUGAAGAAACGAUGCCUCCUUCUGCUUGAGCAAGCCAAGGCCAACAAGGAACGUGUACAGCAGCCCAGCACGGAGGACAUUGUCGACGAGCAAUAA